UUAUCUAGGGAGAGUGGGAUUGCUUGUGGCGACGUUAUGGAAAGGUACAGUGGGACCCAGGCAAUGGAGGGGCUUCCGGUGGAUCCGGUGGCGGAAUGGGCGGCGCCCGAGCCCAUGUGGCAGUUGGGUCUAGGUGGAGGGCCCGAAUCGUACCCUGUGAGGCCCGAUGCACCCGAUUGUAUCUAUUUCAUGAGAACAGGGUUUUGUGGGUAUGGCAGUCGGUGUCGGUUUAAUCAUCCCCGUGACCGUAAUUUGGCAAUGGGAUCUUUAAGAACGAGUGGAGGUGAUUAUCCUGAGCGCAUGGGCCAACCUGUUUGUCAGAAUUACAAAAUCGGUGUGCUAAUCUUGUACUACACGCGGACAGGUAUGUGUAAAUUUGGCUCUACAUGCAAAUAUCACCAUCCAAAGUAUGGAGUUGGAUCUUCAGCUCCUAUCAUGCUCAACUUCUCUGGAUAUCCAUCAAGACCGGUACCUGCUAAUCCUGGGGCCUCUUCAAGUUUACAACCACCAACUGUUGGUGCUGGCCAAAUUUACGGGAUAACACAGUUGUCUUCUUCAUCGGCUGCUUACACUGGCCCGUAUGUCCCCAUUACCUCGACUAUCGACCAAUCAAGCAGCAGUCAAAAUGUACAAUCAUUCCCAGAAAGACCCGGUCAACCCGAAUGUCAGUAUUACUUGAGGACUGGUGACUGUAAAUUUGGGUCCACAUGUAAAUAUCAUCAUCCACGCGAGUGGACUGCACCAACAAUUAAUUUUUCACCUACUCCUGUUGGUCUCCCAUUACGCCCAGGCAUGCCAAUUUGUUCGCACUAUGCGCAAAGCGGAAUGUGCAGAUAUGGGCCGUCGUGCAGAUUUGAUCACCCAAUGGGAACUAUGACUUACAGCCCGUCUGCAUCAUCUCUCACGGAUAUACCCGUGGCUCCUUACCCUGUGGGGUUCACUAGUGCAGCAUUGGCUCCUUCAUCAUCCUCAUUGGACUUGAAGCCCGAAACUCUUUCUGGGCUCAACAAAGACCUUGUCCCAUCUCAAAUAUCCGAUGUGAAUAGCUCAAGUACCUCGGUUGGCUCAAUUCUAUCAAAACCCGGGCCUGCACCCCAAUCUGGUGCUCAGCAUUCCGGGCCUGCAUCUGCCUCUGCCUCUGCCUCUGCCUCAUCAAGUUAAGAGUUUUUGUUCGCCUUGACUAGAAUAUCUCGGCCGUUUAUAUCAACUGCGAGCAUUCUUGAAAAGAAUAAGCUGUCUCAUUUUUGCAUUAUUAUAAGCCAUUGAAUAUUGCAAACACAACUAAUAUCUCUACCAAAUUACAUUAAAAAGUUUUGAUUUUUUUUUUGUCUAUUUUUGUACUUUCUUUUCUUGGCGCCUCACUUUGUCAUUCUCAAUGCCGG